ACGUGCUGUUAUACGCAUCAGCUGAUUCAGCUGGAAUUUCUUGCAAUUUGUUUUGAGCGCAAUAUGGAAUCGAUUCUACAGGUGAAAUUGGAACAGCCCAAUAUCAAGGAACGUUUGAAUUUGCAUGUCAAGAGGCGGCUGCAACAGGAUGCAGAUACCCCAGCCGAGAGCACUGAGUUAUUCCCUGAUCUGUCCUGGCAAGGAAAGCGUGGCAAGGCGAAGGAACCUCUGAAACAACGCAAACCGUAUCAGAAACGAGCGGAAAAGACUAAAACGGAGACCACAAAGUGCAAGAAAGCCACGCAAAUCGCCAGCCCAGCGCUGGAAGCGGGGCCACUGGACGAGCAGGAGACGGAAGCAGUAGGCUCCCCAGAGGCGGCAGAGCAUAAGUCCAAUAGCCGAGAUCGCUUUAAGAAUGCGGACAUACUCAAUAUGGUGCUGAGCUCCAAGAAGCGAGCCCUAAUGCAGGAUCCCGAGGUUCAGGCAUUCUGGACUCGAAUCAUGGCAGCCAUCAAGACCUAAGGAGGUGCGCCAGACUGUUAGCCGCAACUACAUAUCUCUGUUAAGUGCCGAAACGGCUAUUCAAAAUUUUGUUAAAUAAUUGUAGAACUGGAAUUGAAUGUUCCUUGUCUCAGUGCGCAGUCUCCGCUCUCCCAUCUUGCCGGCCGAUGCGGUG